AUGUCUCUGCCCCAAGCCACGCAAGCGUUCCUCUCGCACCUCGCUGUACGCCGCAGCACCUACACUCUCGCCAAGACCCCCGCGGUGCUUGACGCGGACCAGAUCCAAACCAUCCUGAGCAAGAUCCUGCGCGAGUCGCCCUCGUCGUUCAACUCCAAGUCGCCGCGCCUUUUGCUGCUGCUCGGUGCGGACCACGACGAGUACUGGUCCAAGACUGUCCCCGACGCCCUCACCGCUGCCGUCAAGUCGCAGGGUGGAGACGACCAGGCGGUUGCAGGCGCUGUCGGCCGUCUGGACCUCUUCAAGCCCGCUUUCGGCACCGUGGUCUUCUUCGAGUCCAACGCGGCAGUCAAGGCGCUCCAGGAAAAGCUCCCGCAGUACGCCGACAACUUCCCCGUGUGGUCCGAACACGCUUCCGCCAUUGCCCAGACCAACACCUGGGUCGCCCUCACCAACGCCGGCUACGGUGCCAACCUGCAGCACUACGGAAAUUUGACCCAAGCUUCGCUCAAGAAGAAGUACAACUUGCCCGAGGACUGGAGCUUCAAGGCUGAACUUGUCUUUGGUGCGAAGACGGAAGAGCCCAAGCCCAAGGAGUACAACGAGGAGGAGGAGAACAAGGACAGGCUCAAGGUGUUUGGCGCUUAG